AUGGCAACCAUGAAAGCUGCGGUGAUUCAUGAACCGGGCGGCCCCGAAGUCCUCAAACUCGAAAACAUCCCCAUCCCAACCCCAAAGGACGAUGAAGUUCUCAUCCAUGUCAAAGCAUUCGGCCUCAAUCGGUCGGAGCUCUUCACCCGUCAAGGCCACAGUCCCGGAGUCAAGUUUCCUCGCGUCCUAGGGAUCGAGGCCUCCGGGGUGGUGGACAAGUGUCCCGGCGGCCAGUUUGAGCCUGGCCAGAAGGUCGCCACGGCCAUGGGAGGCAUGGGGCGAGCGUUCGACGGCGGAUACGCCGAGUACACGUGCGUCAAGGCGAGCAAUGUGCAAGCCCUCGAUACCAAUCUGGACUGGACCAUCAUCGGCGCCGUGCCCGAAAUGCUACAGACGGCGUACGGCUCUCUGUUCAAGGCGUUGCAUUUGACCCCGAAGGACCGGCUCCUGGUGCGUGGAGGCACGACAUCCGUGGGCCUUGCGGCGGCCGCCAUUGCCAAAAACCAUGGCUGUUUCGUGGCCUCCACCAGUCGGAACUCCUCUCAGGCCACGGCCGACCUGUUGAAGAAGUCCGGAGUGGACCAGGUCAUCGUCGACGAUGGAAAGGUCGCGGCGCAGGUCAAGGAUCACAAGUUUGACAAGGUCUUGGAAUUGAUCGGCACAGUCACUCUGGAAGACUCCCUGCAAUGCGCAGUUGGAGGGGGGAUUGUUUGCAUGACUGGAAUUGUUGGCAACAAAUGGACGUUCGAUAGUUUCGCUCCCAUGGAUGUCAUUCCAAACACGGUCUGCCUUACGGUCUACUCAGGUGGCCCAGAUGAAUUCAAGGAGACCCCACUGAAUGACCUGCUCAAGCAGAUCGAGGACGGCACGUUGCCGGUGCAGGUCGGCAAGGUCUUCAAGUUGGACCAGAUUGUCGAGGCACAUGACACCAUGGAAAAGAACCUCGCUCGCGGGAAGAUCGUUGUUCUAACGGAAUGA